AUGGGACUUGCAGUGCAACGCGUUGCAGUGCAAGCGCGAGAAGCGCAAGGCCGUGAUGGGGCGAGGUGGAUACCUUCGCAGGAUCUGUCAUCGGCAGCGAAGCGGCCCCCUGCGGUAGCAUGGUGUAUCGUCGAGGUUGACUGCGGGUGUCCACCUCCUUUCAGCUCGGCCGUCGGCUGCCGACCUCUACAGACUCGGCCGAGGACGCCGCCAUUGAUGGCCGUGGCGCUGGCGCUGAUGGAUUCUCACGCAGCAACAAGCCUCCGUGUCGGUCGUCGUCGCGAGGCCUCGAAACCUGGCUUCGCCGGCAGGACGACGGUCGCCGGAAGCGUGCAGUCACAGGGGUCGGAAGAAACGGAGCCUGUCCCUGGCCUGUCCUCCACGAUGCCACCCACGCCUUGCAGAGCGCGGCCAACUUGGCCCUUGGCCGCCAAGGUCAAGGCGCCGCCAUCAAGCACGGGCCAGCCUUCAGCUUCUUCGUGA